AUGCAGAACAGAAUAGCCAUGCGGAACAGAGGCUGUGAAGUGCAUUUGCCGAGUGUGGAGACUCGGAUGGACCAUAUGGAUACGAAGGCGAUUUUCUCUUCACUCCGAAUCGAGUCCCAUGAGACGCAAACCCGGAUCUUUGGACUGCACUCGGAACUAGUCUCUCGCCUACCAUUUUACGUGCGUCCGACUGUGUUUGACCUGGUGCACGCGGCGGCGCUGACCGGAAAGCAGGUCGGGGUCGGGAUCCCAGUGGACAAGGCACUGGAGAAGAGCUGUCGAGACGUGUAUUGGAAUGCCGUGGCCUCGCUGGGGGACGGGAGUCUCAAGGAGAUUGUCGGGGAUGCCAUUCGGAACUGGGUGCGGUCGGAUGAUCUGAUGGUUCCCGUCGGACACCAACAACUGCUGAGUCUGCGAUUCUCGCCGAAUGUUCGAGACUUGUUUCGGGACCCGGAAUUGGCUUGUGUGCGAAGAGACGCGAUGGCCAUUCAUUUGGUCCUUACUGCUCUGGGAAUGGACGCUGGCGUUUCCCACGCCGAGCCUGGAUUUCUGUGUUCAGGAGAGAUCGCAGAAGCGGAAAAGAUCCUCUCGGCCCCGAAGAACUUCGUCCUUCCGGCGUUGAAAGCGUUCUUCAUGCGACUCGGCGCCGGAUCUGGUUUCUCCGGUGCUGUGACAGGAGUGUUUUGCGAGUCUGACGACCGAGUUGUGCGCCAAGUCGUCGGUGUCGGACACGCUUCGAGCCUUUCGGAAAUGUUUGCGCAAUUUUCUCGUUCCGUAUUGGCGAGACUGGGUUUUGCGGGUGACGACGGUGGAGUGACCGGCGCGAGAAGGAUUGACCAGCGCUGGGAUGACGUUGGUCAUUGUGUCGAUGCGAAGCUGGUUGCUGUGUCGGAGCUUUUUCAAGCCAGCGUCGAAGCAUUUUUCGUCGACCACUUGAGAAACCUGGAUCCUCUUUUGGGGGAAACUUUGUCGAAACAAGGCAAUUUCGUGUUGCAGUUGAAGCACCCGUCAGUGCAACACUUUCGCCCAACUUUGAAAAAGUUGCUGGAGAAUUUAACACUGCAUUUGGAAACGAGAAAAUGCGUCAAGAUACGUUUAGAUGAUUUGCAUGACAGGGUAACGACCGGGUUGUUUUAUUACCGGGUGUUCCUCCGGUUUUUGAAUGCGGGCCCGUCGACAUUGUUUGGGUCUGUUGCUGCUACGAAAUUUGUGCUGCCGUUGCUCAAGUUGCAUUGGACCUGGUUGAUGAAGUUCUUCGUGGAACCGUUGGAAAGCAUCGGUUUGAAAUUGAAUGUCCCCGGAGUUGAGAAGAUCUCCAAGCUAUUGGGGAUCGACGGAUCGGGAAUUGAACGGGAAAAAGUUGCGAAGCGAUUCCGGGAUUUGUUGCCGGGCCCGAGUUUCACUCUCGAUGCAUCCGCUGGGGCUCGUCUCGACUCCAGAGUGCGGCUGGCCAAGGUUUUGAGACCGUUCCCGAUUCCUCGUGUUUCCGGUGGUGCCAGUCGUGGUACUCAAACACCUUUCGACGAUGGUCUUCUCAAAAAAUGGUUCCUGAAACUAGAAAAGUUGUGCAAUGCUGGUGGGGAUACGGCUGAAAUGCUGGCUUUCGUCUGCGGCAAACAUUUUCUUCCAGCUGAAGUUGAAGCCAUGUGUGACGAGUCGAAGAUGAGCGAGAUGUUUGUGGGCAAGGAUUCGUCGUCGACGGAUGAGUUCCGGUUCGACGUGGCCUUGUGGCCGUUGUUGGACAAGAUGUUGUCAUUACGAAUGCUGGACGCGGACGGGGUUUCCUCCGGGGUCCGGGUCUGGUCGCCGGUGGAAUUGAGGAACGCCGUGUGGUCAGACUUUGAGCCGGGAUUAAUUUCCGGGGCGUUCGAGGGCGACCUGGACGCCUGGGUCCGAAUUGCUAACGGGCGACUUCGACCGGAAGUUAACGUUGGACUGCGAGGCGGUGCUGUGACGUAUUGCGUGACAAUGACGCAAUGCCCGCCGCCGGAAAGUGUGCCGACGAAAGAGUCGGACAAGGCGAGGUAUUCUCCGGUCGGCGGCAAUCUUCCGGCUGACGUGUCACUCGGUGACCUGGCCCGGAAGUCGGGUCAGCUGGAAGCCGUCGCGAGUGCGUUAUGGCGGAAUGGAGCGGAAAUUGUGCGGAGAACCCGGGAAGCGAGCCUGUUCCGCUCCAUAAGAGGCCAGCCGCCGUAUCUUCCGGCUGACGUGUCACUCGGUGACCUGGCCCGGAAGUCGGGUCAGCUGGAAGCCGUCGCGAGUGCGUUAUGGCGGAAUGGAGCGGAAAUUGUGCGGAGAACCCGGGAAGCGAGGAGCCUUGAGGCCGUGUUAUUGGAUCGACACUUGCGAGUCCUGCUGUCGGCAUUGACGUCCGCUUGCAAGCUCCCCGACGUCAGCGACAAUUACGCCCUCGAAACGGAUGUGUGGACCCGGUUCGCCGCAUGCCCUUUGUUCCAAGCAGGUGGUGAAGCCGUCGUGAGGCAGCAGCAGCAGCAGCAGAUUCCCUGUCAGGAUUUACCGGAAGUCUUGGCUUCAAUAUCGUCGGCGUCAUCGACACUCGUGACUGUUGCGGAACUGUGUCCGGACGAGGCGGAUGUCCAACUUGGACGAGUCUGGGUCUCUGCGGCCCUGCUGCAAAUUCACGUGGCGUUCCCGCUCGGAGUCGUUGACCCGGUGGUGAAGAAGCGGAUCAAGGCGGAAUAUCGACGCUUGCAGGUCUUGCUCUUGAUGAGGAUGAGGAUGAGGAGGAAAGACGACGAUGAUGAUGAUGAUGGGAUCCUUUUAUGGGUGGGUCGGUCGUCGUCAGUUGAUCCCCCUCUUUUGGUUCCGCUUUUAUAUUCGUCGUCGUCGUCUGCAGCUUUAGGAAUAAGGCAGGAGAGGCAUCAUCUCGUUCAAGCCGUCUAUUUUGGUUCCUCGAAAGCUCUCGAUUAUGUUCUCAUGUUGCUCCGCUUUCAUCCGAGCCUUGAGGCCGUGUUAUUGGAUCGACACUUGCGAGUCUUGCUGUCGGCAUUGACGUCCGCUUGCAAGCUCCCCGACGUCAGCGACAAUUACGCCCUCGAAACGGAUGUGUGGACCCGGUUCGCCGCAUUCCCUUUGUUCCAAGCAGGUGGUGAAGCCGUCGUGAGGCAGCAGCAGCAGAUUCCCUGCCAGGAUUUACCGGAAGUCUUGGCUUCAAUAUCGUCGGCGUCAUCGACACUCGUGACUGUUGCGAAACUGUGUCCGGACGAGGCGGAUGUCCAGCUUGGACGAGUCUGGGUCUCUGCGGCCCUCCUGCAAAUUCACGUGGCGUUCCCGCUCGGAGUCGUUGACCCGGUGGUGAAGAAGCGGAUCAAGGCGGAAUAUCGACGCUUGCAGGUCUUGCUCUUGUUUCCUGUCGAAGAAGCGGAAAAGGAGCUGGAAAUUCAUCGCUGGCUUGCGAAUGCAACGUCUGGUGUUCGUUUGGAUCCGUCUGAGAAAAAUGCCCACCCGGUGCUGCGAAGAUUGCAUGGAAUCGUUUCUCGCCUUUCCGCUGCUCCUUGUCCCGCAUUACGGCCAGAAGACGUCGACUUUGUCACUCUGUCGAAGUGGAUCGAAUCGUAUGUUCAGACGAUUGCAGCGGUGAGCACCGUGAAGGACAUGUUGCAGAAAGCCAUGAAACUGCAUCAAGACGCGAAGGCCAUGAUUGAAAGGAAAAAUGUCAAAAAGAAGGAUGUGGAAGCAUUUUCUAAACACGUUGCUAUUUUCGAACGGCAAUUCUCGUCGUGGAAAAGGUCACAGAUGUCAUUCGCUGACAGCUUGGUGGAUUCGUAUGCGUGGUUUCCCGACAUCGCUUUCGUGUUUCAUCACGCUGCUUUGCAGCUCGUUCGCGGAAUGGAGCUGAUGUUGGACGGUGUCCGGAGUGUGCAUUCAAGCUGCAGACUGGGCCCAGGCGCACCUAACGAUGCAUUGUGGGCCAGCAUGGGCCUAGGCGGGCCAUUGAGUGUUCAGGGCGAAUCACCGGUGGGAUCAAUUGAGUGCUUAACGAAGGCCGUGGCCGUAUUUGGACGGAAUGCUGCUGACGACGACGUUGGCCAUGACGUCGACAAUCAGUGGAUGCCCAGUUACGUCAAGUCCUGCAUGUUGAAGAGCUUCUUGAAGGAGUUGACGGUCAAGUUCCUGAUUCUGCCGGACAAUUCGAGGAAAUGUGUCGAGGCCUUGCAGGAUUUUGACGGAAUUUGCAAAGCGUUUGUAAAGGACUGGCUGAUCGAACAGGACCGACUGGAACGAGAAAAGACCGAGCGAGAAGCGUUGUUCCACUACAAGACUCACGCCGAAGAAGAAAGCGAAGAGAAGCAAACGGAGAGGGAAUUGAAGGAAAUGUUUCCAGAGUUUGACGAGGAUUUCGUAGACUUGCAAGCACCCAGUAACGAAUUGGACGGGAAAAACACGACGACGGUCAAACAGGCGGAUGAUCUCACAGUGAGCCAAGAGAAACAUUGGCCGCUUUGUUCGGAAGAUGCGUUGCUUUUCCAGUCUCUGCAUCGAGAAGUCUUCCAGUCUUUGACGUUUGCGUGGAAGCUGCCAAAGCAGACCGAAGCGAAAAAUGGAAUGAUUGACCAGCUGUGGGAAGAAGCUCAUGUCGAGAGAAUGAGAGCAGUCGGAGGAUCGUUACCGAAAUUGCAUAGUCUGCUGAGGAACGAGACUGAUGCUGAGAUUAUCGGUGCUAUGGUGGUGAAUGCUGCGAUUCGACGAAGCCUGAACCCUUCGGAGACCGAUGUUCUAAAGUCAGAUUCACUGAACGAAAAGCCAUACGAUUUCUACCGGGAUCCGAAUAUUUCGGAAGCAGUUAGAGUUUUGCCGGUUUUGGAGGCAUUAGUGACUCGUGCCGAUGUCCUACUCGAGGAUUGGCCUGAUCACGCGACUUUGAAACAAGUGAAGGAAGUAUGUGGCAGGAUAGAAAAAUUCUCUGUGCGAUCGCCGUUGGUCAGAUUCGUGAAAGGAUUGGAGAUCAUUUUGGGGGCAGCGCAGCAUUGGGAAGAAUUCGCUCAUUCGAAAAUUUCCUUGGGAUCGGAAUUAGAAGCAGUGACUCGACUCGUGAUAAGAUACAGAAAACUAGAACUGGACUCUUGGAAACGCAGCUUGGAUUCUGUCGAACGAGAUGCGCGAGUCUCUGCGAGUCGCUGGUGGUUCAGGUUUUACUCCGUCGUUGGGGAAAUAAUUUCGGAUGACUGGGAUGAAGCAAGAGACGUGAAACAGGAACUGUUCACUAUGGUUAGAGAUCUCAUGGAAAACUCUUCCCUCGGGGAAUUUGAAGCACGUUUGGAUCUCCUGCUGACGUUCCACUGUUACCUCACUUGGGCAUUUUACUCGAAGGAAGACCGGUCAAGAGCCAGAAGCGAAAUUGCCGCCAAGGUGCUGUGGAAUAUGCACAGCUAUUACAGCGAACUCGCGCAAAAAAUCCGAGUUCGUCUUGCGGAUCUACGGAAGCCGAUCGAAAAAGAAUUGAAGGACUAUGUUAAAAUAUGCCGCUGGAACGACCUGAAUUUCUAUGCCUUGAAACACGCGGUCGACAAAUCGCACCGGACUCUGCACAAGAAAAUUAAACAAUUUCAGAAAACGCUGUUGCAGCCAGUUGGGCCUUUUUUCACGGACGCUGCGCUUGUAUCCGAUGAAUGGAUUGAUGACAGUGUCAAAGAGGUUAAGGAAAAACCAAAACAACGACGGAAAUCGAUGCCUAAAUCCGAAGAGUCUGUCUCGAUUCUUUCCGUGAAAAGCCAGCUUUUCUUGCCGCAGCAAAUACUAAAAGAAUCUAUUCGUGCUGAAGACGACCGUUUUAGAGCACAUGUGGCGGCUGCUUUGAACGUUCCACUGGUGAAUCUUGGGUCCAAGGUUCCUCGAAUAUGCAAGGCUGUGAUUGGCAAGUCGAAAGCUUUUUCGAAAGUCGAAGAGCUUGAUGCUUUCUGUGGUGCGAUUAUAGAAAGGUCGACGGAACUUGGAAAGCUGGAGGUUACUGAGAAGGAUAACGAGAAGCGGAAAGGACAAGUUCGGCAUUUGCAUCAGCUGAAAAGUCGAGCCUUGACUGACUUGUUCAAGAAAUUGACAAAAUCAGGACUGUCUCAUCGACUAGGUCUCGUGUUGCAAUCGAGCGAGAAAGAUGAAAAAAGCGUAGACUGGGUGGAUAUCGAUCCCAUUGAUGUCACCUCUGCUUUACAACAAGUUUCAAAAAUGGAAAGCGACGAGGCUCUAAACUCCGUUUGGUUGGGAGUGAAGCAGUAUUUGUUCCGGUCAGCGAAGCGCUUGGAAUUGUUCGAAGCUGCUGUGGAUAAUCCCACAGAUUGCACCAAGCAAUUGGGAAAUGCUGCUAUCCCGAGAUUCCGCGGAUUCAUUUAUCACCUGAAGCGUCUCGUGUUCACUGAAGCGAAAUCACUUGCUGCGAAAGAAGCAGCUGUGUUGAAAUUGAGGAAAGAUGUUGACGAUAUUCUGAAAUCUUUGGAUGCCGACGGACGUUUGCCCGGACAGAACGCAUCAAUGAACGCAAAGAAACGCUGGACGAAGUGCUUGGCGGAGCUUCUUUUAAUUCUCAAACGCGCGAAUCUUUUCUUGGACUCCGCACCUUCGUCGAAAGCCACGCCGUUGUCGCAUAGCUUUGCUGCAAAUCGUAUUCUUGCUACGGGGGAAGUAGUUCUUCCAAGUGCAACUGUUUUGCCGCUUUUCAAUUCUGAUCGCAGCAGCGAAGCCUGGCAGCAAUGCAAAAGCAAAUUGGAGACUCUGAUGAAUGACUGCAAUGAAGUUACCAAGAUGCUGAGUAAAGUUGACGAAGAUUCGUUGGUUGGACACGAGGAAGCUUCCGUUCUUGACCGAGUGCACAAUGUCCUGAAGAGUCAAGUGAUCCCUGGUUUAGCGAGAGUGACUGGAAUGUUCGGCGAAGAAGAUGGAUCCGGUGUUUCGUAUUCCGAAAUGUUGCAAUUUCGCCAGCGCUUGAUCGAAAUCGGACGAGCAUACGAAUCUAUUGACGCUGAGAAACACGCGGAUAAUUUGGAUUUCGUCGAACUCGAGACACGUGUGACGAAUGUUUUAAAAUCUGCGAUGCUUGGAUUGCAAGAAAGAUUUAAGCGUGUGCUGACGACUGAUCUUCCCGACAACGAAGCCAUAACUGAGGUAGAAGACGAGGAGGACAGCGUUGAAUUGGAAGAUGGGCUUUUGAUUAAAGCUCUCGGCGCCGACUUGGAAACUGAAGAGGAGAAUUUGAGGUUGGAACAGGUGUCCGAGGCAGUGCAACGAUUGAAGAACCUGUUGCAGCUCGGAGCUGAUGAAGGAAUCGGGGAAGCUUUGUGUGAAAAAUUACGGUCUGCGGCGGAUUUGUUCGUCACGGUACAAUGUCAUUUGUCGUUGACGAACUUCGACUUCCACGUGAGAAUAGGAUCUCUGCGAACGAAGGCCAAGCUUCUUUCGAUUCUUUCGGGAUUGUUUGCUCAGCUCGCAGUGAAGGGUUUCUGUUUGCCGGCGGAGGAGAUUGAAGAUGAGACAUCCGCUCCCGGCGAAAGCUCGUCGAAACUGAAGGACUUGGAAGAUGCUGGUCUCGGGGAUGGCGAAGGGACGAAAGACGUUUCAGAUAAAAUCGAGUCUGAGGACAUGUUGGAAGACGCGAAACGGCCCGAGGAUUAUGAGAAUGACGAAGCUAAUCAAGAUCUCGAGCAAGAAGAAGGUGGGAUCGAAAUGUCCGACGACUUCCAAGGCAAGAUGCAGGACGUGGACAAAGGAGAAGACGAAGAAGAAAAAGGAGAGGAAGACGGACAAGACGAGGAAGAUCUCGACAAGCAAAUGGGGGAAACUGGACAGGAAGCAGACAAGCUAGAUGAGCAGAUAUGGGGUGAUGACGAAGAAGAAGAAGAAAAUGAAACCGAACAAGAGCCGAAGAAAGAAGACAAGGGAAAAAGCUCUGGAAAGGCGGAAGACACAAAAACUGUGGCCAAGGAUCCCGGUGUGGCAGACGAUGAAGAUGAAACUCAGGAAGACGACGAACAAGCUCCAGAGUCAAAGAAGAAGCACAAGGAACCGGACGUUGACGAAGACGUGAAUGACGAUCACGAUGAUCCUUAUCAUGCGAAUCCCCCUGAAUAUCCGGCUCCGGAAGAUUUCGAAAUGAACGAAGAUGCCGUCGGGGAUGACGAGAAACGCGGUGACGGAUCCGACGAGGAGGACAACGCUGAUGAGGAAAUGAAAGAAGAAGAAAAUCCUUUCGAUUUGGAUAAACUCAAAGACAAGCAACAGCAGAAGGGAGAAGACGAUGACCAGCAAGAGGCUGAAGGUGAAGAAGGUGCGUUGGACAAGCCCGAAGACGAGGCGAAUCCCGACAAUCAAGACAACGAGGGCGAGGAACAGAACAUAACUGAAGAACAAGAUCUUCCUCCUGAAGAGCGGGACGCACAAGAAGAGGAGGGCGAAGGUCAAGAUUCAGGAAACACUGAUCUCGGGCAGCCGGAAAAGGAAGAGGAAAAACGGAAGGAUGAGCCCGAGAAGAACCAAGAAGACCAGGAAGAGACUGGUGUGAGCUCCCUUGAUGAUCCGAGCAAAGCGGCUGCUCAGCCAGCGCCUUCAGAUGCCAAAGGCGGUUCCCAGGAUGACAUCGCCCCACAGGAAGCUGAACAUGAUGAGAAAACUGCUGAAGAACUGGCGCAACACGACAAGGAAGGAAAACAAGAAAAGGACGCCAUCGGCGCCUCGGAAAUGGAACGAGGAGCCGGCCAUCGAGCAGAAAGUCAAUCCUCGAGAGUGAAGAACGAAACUAAGGAGACCGAAGAACGGGCAGAAUCCAAACCCGACAAUAAAAAGCGGAAGCCAGGAAAAAUUGACGAAAAACGCACUAUGGGAUCUGAAGAAGAAAAGGCGAGACGAGACGUGAUGAAUUUGCAGGAAGAAAGGAAACAGGCUCCGGAAGACGGUCGCGAAAAGCAAAGACCGCAGGAUCAUGACGCUGAUAUUUCUGAAGGCUUUGAACACGUUCAAAACGAAGACGAAAAGGCGGACGGACAAAUUGUCGACGCAGCUACGGAAGAGCAGGCCGCCGAAAGACCUGCUCCUGUCAAUGAAAAGGUUGAAGACGAAGCAGAUGCCGAAGAAAUGGAAGACGUUGUCAUGGCCGAACCAGAACCGGAAAUAGAAGACGCCUCUUCAAAACUCAGCGAAGAGAAAACUCCUGCCGAUGAAAAGAAGAAGAAAGGUGACAAAGAUGAGCCUGGGACUAGGAACAAAACCCUUGACAAUAAAGAAGCCGUGGAAACCCCCGGGGACGUUGUGCCAACUCUUACCGUUCAGCGAGGUUUUGAGACAGACGCUUUCACAAAGGAAGAAUUGAUUCAUGGAGAUCGUGAACGACUGGAUGCGCUAAAACUGAAGACGCUGUUGGCAAGCGAGGCUCACAAUUGGCAUCAGCACGUGGAAGGACAGGAUGCGGUGGACGAAUUAGAGGCAGAACAGACUUGGAGAACGCUGGAAAACGAAAUCGGUCCUUUGGCGCAGACAUUGUGCGAGCAACUGAGGUUGAUUCUGGAACCUUCUCUGGCUGCGAGACUUCAAGGCGACUUCCGGUCUGGGAAACGACUCAACAUGAGAAAGAUCAUCCCUUAUGUUGCGAGUGGAUUCAGAAAGGACAGGAUCUGGCUGCGAAGAACGAAGCCGUGGAAGCGUCACCAUCGGGUCGUGAUCGCCGUGGACGACUCGGCGAGUAUGAAGGUGGCUGGGGCGUCGGCCAUGGCCCAGGCGUCCCUGGCCCUCAUUGCCAAGUCCCUGACGCUGCUCGGCCUGGGCGAGAACCAAUUGUCCGUCAUGUCCUUUGGAGACAGAGUCCGGGUCUUGCAUCCCUUUGCUGACACUUUCUCUGAAGCCAGUGGUGCC